AUGUCCGCACGAUUUUUGUUGGCGCUCGUUUGCGUUGCGGAGCUGUCAAUGCUGGUCAUGGCCGGAGGUGGUGGUGGCGGUCACAAGAAAGUGAUCAUCCAUGUCCCGUUGUUCGUAAAGCAUCAUCACCACAAGCACACGAUAGUGAAACAUAUUCAUCACAAGAGUGGCGGUGGUGGUGAUGACCAUUACGAAGUUCUUGGAUAUACGUAUGGUGAACCAAAAGCGGCGCCACACUUCGGUGGAGGUCACGGUUGGGGAGCAGCGGAGGAGAGUUACGGUCAUGACGACUCUCCAGUGAGCUUCGACAGUGGCGACCACGGCGGUUACGGCUCCAUUGGUGACGAACACGGUUAUUGA